AAUUUAUUUGACUGCUUAUCAGUUUAAAUGGUUAAUUAAAGCAAAUUUACACAUAAAGCGGCGCUACAAAUAUUUUUAAUAUUUUUAUGUGUCAUUGAAAAAGUCAAAAGAAAUAAAAAUCCUGGAGUAAAAAAAUUAUUUCUUCGAAAAAAAAAAUCCCGAAGACAAAAAACGAAAGAUAAGAAAAUAAAAUAAAAUCAAAGCAAGAAUUUAAUUAUCGUUAAAAAGAAUACGAAAAAGCAUAAGAGAAAUUAAUUGUGAAGAACAAGGAACGCUCAACAUUCAAGUGGUAGACGACAAUAAGGCGUUCCCUAUGUUGUAUAACAAUAAGAUAGCAUUAAUGAAAAUUCGACGAAAUAUUGACUAUAAUUACCUUAAUACAUCAAACGUUACAUAACAUUAGAUUUAAACCAAAAUUUCUUCAAAUCAAUUAAAGAAUUUUAUCAUUAAGAAUUCUUUGUGAAGGGAAAAAAAAUCAAGUCAGAUCAACUUGAGGAAGAGAAAAAUUUUCGAGACAAAAAAAAUCACAUCCAUUGUCAAGUUGAAGAAACGAGAAAAGAAGAUAACGACGAAAGGAAUAAGAAUUGAUAGCUGAAGGGCUGAAAAUUUGAUUAAAAAGUAUUUGAAGAUUACAAUUGAAAGAAACAAAAAAGAAAUCCUAAAAAUAAAAAAAGAGAAAUUUUUUCAUCUGUUGCUAACUCUCAAUUUGUGCCAAAAACGAGAUGAAUAUGAAGACAUCAUCGGCAGUUGCAUUACUUUUAGUUUUCAUUUUUACACUUGCCACGUCAGUGCUGGCACGUCCUCCUAUACCAUCAUAUGAUUCAGAGGAAUACACAGAUAACAAUGUCGUGGAUUCAAUACCAAUAGAGGAACAUGAUGAUGAUGAUAUGUACAAAUAUGUUAAGGCUGAACGAAAUGAGUAUGUUGAAAUAUCAGAAAUGCCGAAAAAGGACAUUUACUAUCCAGAUGAGCCCAUUGAAGCUGAAUGCCGAGUAUCUGGCUACCCUGUUCCAACUGUUGAAUGGGUUCAUGGAACUGGAUCAAGAAACAAUGAUGAUUUUGAGACAAACACGAUCAUGGAGAGAAGCCCAUCGGGUAUUGCUACCGUUGUUGCAAAAUUGAUUGUUAGACCACAGCACAUCCCACAAAAUGGAGCAAAACGUACAUUCACAUGCGUUGGAAAGAGUGGAGGAAAAAUCGCUAAAGCCUCUACAACCGUUCACUUCAAUCACCAUUCAGGUUCACAUUUAGACUCAAAUGAUAUGAUUAAAGUACUUACUGGAAGUGACAAAGUUCAAAUUUUCGAGUACUAUGAUAGUCUUUUCGAUAAUAUUGGAUCAACAGUAUUCCUUCCAUGUAAAGCAACAAACAAUGCCGAAAUUUACUGGAUUAAUACAAAGGAGCAAGUGAUAAAAGGACAGGACUCAAGAUUCAAAGUGCUAUCAAAUGGUGAGCUUAUGAUAACAAAUCUUCAAUUCCAAGACAUGGGUACAUACAUCUGUCUGGCGAAAGAUGGAAAGACAAAGGACGUUGCAUCAACAUUUGUAUAUGCAUUGAAAAGGAGUCAUAGUAAGGAGUAAAUAAUUCAUAACAAAAUAUUUUUGCCAACAAGUCAUACUCUCAACAAUUUUUUUCUAUGUCCAUAUUUGAAUGUACGAAAAGAAUUUCAUUGCACUCGCUCAUAAAUGUUAAAAAAAAU